CAAACAUUCCUCUUUCCUGCUUCCAUGUCGUCGGAUUCACCAUUCUGGCUGCGUAAACUGACUGCAAUAAACUCGCGUCUGUUUCCUAGAGGUGAUGCCAACUUGACUCGACUAAAGAGGAGACAAGCUCUUUUCGCUGCUAUCGGUCGCAGGUUACCCCUUCUCCGGACUCUCCUCUUCGUCGCUGGAUAUCUUUGGAUCCUUGCAAUACCCACUCUUCCCGGUCAAGGAACAUACAUUGACGAGAAUGCCUUGCUACCCGGCCAGGUCAACACAAAUUGGAAUUGGGCCGAAGUGCAUGCUGCUGAUCGUUACUUGGACCACAUAGAAAAACUGCGAGACGACAAUGCCACGAGUGAGCAACGCGCGAAAUACUUUGCGGAGGAGUUCAAGAAGUUAGGGAUACCUGCAUCCACACAGAAUUACACGUUUUCAACCGUGUUUGGCGACUCGAGUGGAACCAAUGCCUACGCCACAAUGUCUGCCCCACGUUCUCCAGGUGUUGAAGCCAUGGUCAUCAGUGCUUCUUGGCUGAGUCGUACUGGUGAGGGUGCUGGGUCUCUGAACUUGCGUGGUGUAUCUACUGUUUUGGCACUUGCUGGGUUCUUACGCCGAUAUUCGUUCUGGGCCAAAGACUUGGUCUUUGUAAUAAGUGAUGACUACCUCGAAGGAAUGCAGGCUUGGCUAAGUGCUUACCAUGGCAUUUCCCAGUCAAACCUGCAUACCAAUGAUCUAGAUCUCUCCUCUGGUGUAAUAUGGACAGCCCUCAGCAUCGAUUACCCAGGUCAUUCGUUCUCUCAUCUGGGCAUGUUCCACGAGGGUCUCAACGGCCGACUCCCUAACCAAGAUCUUCUCAAUUCUUUCAUACAUAUCUCAAAAUAUUCUGGUGGCGUUCCUGUCAUUCUUUACGACUACGUGGAUCAUCAAGAAUACCCCGAUCAAUACGACUUGUUGCCCUCAUGGAUUCCUGCUUCAGUACGGCAGCAUCCGGACGUGAAGGGAUAUUUGUAUCGUUUCAAAAAUGUAUUGCGCCAUGGAAGAUAUCAAGCGCGCGGAAUAGGUAGUGGCGUACAUGCACUCUUUCAUCAAUUUCGCAUUGAUGCCUUCACCAUAUUCGCUCUGCCUGCGACUGGGCCUCAUGGGUUCCAUGCAAUUGGACGUAUCAUUGAAUCCACGUUGAGAACUACGAAUAAUCUGCUGGAACGCUUACAUGCGUCCUUUUUCUUUUAUAUUUUGACUGACCCGGAUAAUUUCCUCAAGAUUGGACUCUAUCUUCCUAGUGCAAUUCUCAUCAGUGUUGCCAUGAUGUUGACCGGCCUGAGUCUAUGGGUUGAAGCUGGCUGGACGACAUCAGGAGAUAAGAAGUCAACUGACAAGAAAUGGACGAGGAGGAAGCGACCUAUUCUUCACGUACUUGCAAUCAUGAUAUCGACGCACCUCUUAGGCGUCACGAUGUUUUAUCUGGUGAAUAACAAACUCUUUUUCAGGAGUCGGAUUUGCCCUGUAGCCGUCAUGCUCAUAACGGCAGUCCCACCAAUAUACGCUAUCUUUAUUCCUGCAGCCUCUCCGUCAGACGCACCUUUGUCUGUCGUGCUGAAGGCAUUAAAUCUCUGUUUCGCCUCCACUGUUAUUUCCAUUACGACAGUAUUGAACUUCUCCUUGGCUGCCUCGAUGGCAAUUCUUUUAGGCAUUCCGCUUUCUGUAUCACCUACGUCGUCUCGGAGAGCUAGACCAAAAACUGUAUAUUACAUCGCCUAUGCUUUGUUCGGCUUGGGUUGGUUGGUUCUCUGUCCUGAAGGAGUUCGUAAGGCGGUCUUGGAUUGGGAAACCCUAGGAGUGUGGUUCGGGCCUUUCCUCUGUAUAGUAAUCGCCCCUUUGGUUCUCCAAGCCGGCGUAGUAUGCAUAUUAGUCUGAUUUAAUAUACAUGGCUCGUUGGCUAGCACACAAAC